AUGGAAGGUUCAAGCUCAAGAAAUGAUAGUCUUGUCUGGAGUGACGCUCAACUAGAUCAUCUUAUAGAACUUCUAGUUGAGCAAUCAAGACUCCCUAGCAUGAAGUCAGGUGCUAAUUUAAAGCCAAAAGCGUAUAAGGUCAUUGAACGACAAAUGAUAGAAAUGUUUGGCCCAAAUUUCAAAGUUGAAAAAAUAAAAAACAAAUUGAAGAGUACGAAAGCAGACUACAAUGAGUGCAGACAAAUUUUGUCAACAAGUGGGUUCGGUUGGGACCCGAUAAACCAGUGCGUAGAUGUUGAAAAUGAAGUUUGGGUGGAGUACAUUCAGAAAUUCCCUGAUCGGCGCAAGUUUAAAGGGGGGCAAAAAUGGAAACAUUAUCAACAACUAGACGAAGUGUUUGGCCAGUCCAUUGCAAAUGGUAUUGGUAGUUUUACUUGUUCUUCAUUGAAUAGAUCUAAUGACUUACAAACUGAUGAACCACCCGAGACCCCUACAACACAUAACCCUAAUUUGGGUUACAAUGUUCAUGAAAAUGUAUCAUUUACACAAAUGUUGAACGAAGAUUCUCCUGUGCCAUCACCGACGCAGGUUCAACAAGAUUCACAACAAACUGGAUUUGAAAGUAGGACAACAAACUCAUCAAAUAAAAGAGCAAGAGUAAGUGCGAAUCACGGGGGUUAUGAAACGAUAUUGCAGGAAAUAGCUGAUACUUUUCGUACAAUGAUAGACACAUCCUCAUACAGCUGCUUGAACAAAUGUUUAGAGCUAUUGCAAGAAAUGCUCGAGUUGGGAGAGAUAGAUGCUGGCAUGCACUUAAAAGCCACGAUGCUAAUGGAGAAGCCAAACAAGCCAGUCGUCUUCCUCAAACUUCUGCCGACCCAACGUGUGCCUUGGUUGUUGGCUAAUGUAAAUCAUCCAUAG